AUGGCCGGCAUGGAGGUAAACUUCAGGUGCGAGCUGGAUGAGCGUCAGAGGGAGCAACUGGAGCCCUUCGAGGGCUACCUCAGGGCCCGGGACGCAGUCGGCGUCCCCUGCAGCAAUCUGCUGCAAGUGCUGGCGGCGCUAAUGUACGUCCCGCCAGCAGAGGAGAUCGCCAAGUUCGUGAGCCGCAAGUGGCUCACGCUACAGGCGUACGAUCCCGAUCGUCUGGGUCGGGAUCGUCAUGUACGAUUGGCCCAGAGAGGGGCGUGCACGACCCUCGUCCUGGAGGCCGUCUGCCUCCUCAAGGGUGUACAACUUGUUGUGCACGACUUGGGGGGCAGUGGCGAGUCCGAGGCGUACGGCGGCAGUGGCCCGAUAUUCUGGGGACUGGAAUAUCGUGGCCGAUACUGCGCCGUGCGCGUCGGUCCCGCUAAGCGGGUACGUCGUCCGAUCGGCCCUGUUCAACAGGGGCGGACGUGGGGCACGUCACGUCCAGCUCAACCUGGACGCGGACGUUGUUCCCAUCAGUCCGCUCCCGGGAAAACAGGCGGGGGUGGUCCGAUGUGGGGAAGGGCCAUUCCCGGCGGACGAGCCGCUGCGGCCGUUAGCCAUGGCCGCGGAGUUAUCCACGACCAUGGCUACAGGCGCAAUCAGCCGGCCGUCGAACCAGCGGAGGCGAGGCCGCAGCCGCCGGAGUUCCGCCCGGCCAACGUCAGCGGGCUCCGGGCCGAGGCGGCAGCCGAACUCACGGAGCCGGCACAACCGGCUUACGUGAUUGAGGACGGCAGCAUCUUCUGCCGUCUUCACGGCUGUGCCAGGCCGGACACGGGCUUUAAGACCGUGGCCGCCUGGCGGCUUCAUGUGAGGCGCGCAGGGUGCCAUCAGCAGUUGGCAUUCUGCGCGAGCUGCGGUCAUGAGGUGGGUGUGCCUCAUGGCCUCUCCCCGGCGGACCAUCAGGUGCACAUGGAUGCACACCGCCGGGAGAGGUGCGUGGGGGCGUCGAAGGCGGUUAAAAGGUGGAGGCUCAUGGCCGCAGCUGAGCUCCGUGUCCUCAACCGCGAUAACUCGUUUAUCGAGGUCGGGCACGGAGCUGAGGCGCCUCUUCCGCAGGUGCAGCGGAAGAGACGUCUCUCGACGGAGGCGGAACGCCGUGCAGAAGUCUGCAUGACGUUCCUAAAGCGCUUUAAGGACGCGGAGCCAGCCAAGUACAAAAGCUUGGCUGCCGAACUCCACGCUCGCAACUUAUAA